UGGAUUGUCAUUCAGCAGAGGAUUGAUGACUCGCAGAGUUUCAAUCAAAAUUGGACAGAGUACAAGUCAGGAUUUGGAAAUUACAAUAAAAAUUUUUGGUUGGGCUUGGAGAAGAUGCACCAGUUAACGACAUCGGCUGAUUACAGGUUGAGAUUUGAAGUUCUCAUCAGGGGCUCGUGGUACUCUGAUGAAUAUGACCAUUUCUAUAUACGUUCAGAGCUGAUGAAGUAUUCUCUCAAUGCCACUGGAUACAGCGGAGAUAAAUGUGAUAUCUUGAAUAGUCCAAUAGAUAUCUAUAUCCAUAAUGGCAUGAAAUUCUCCACUCCUGACCGGGAUAACGAUCUAUCAUCAGGAAACUGCGCUGCCUACUACCUCUCAGGAAACUGGUUCAAUAACUGCGCUCAUCAACUCGUCAAUACUCCCUAUAAUUCAACCUCUUUCCUCUAUAAGAGUUCGCGAAUUACUUUGUGCAGGAUGAUGAUGAAGCGCAACUUUUGA